GGCAGAGAAAUCGAUCAAGGCGGAAGUUCAGUCUCAAUCACAUGACACAGAUAAUCAUAAUAAAAAACAAACAACGACAACGUCUUUCGAAAAACAUGAGACGAGCGCUACAUUUCGUUUUUAAAGUUGGCGACCGAGCCAAAACGGCAACAUUUUACCGAGAUGUUUUGGGAAUGAAGGUUUUGCGUCACGAGGAGUUUGUCGAAGGCUGCAAGGCAACAUGUAAUGGUCCAUACGAUGGCAAAUGGAGCAAGACUAUGGUUGGUUUUGGUCCAGAGGACAAUCAUUUUGUUGCUGAGCUGACCUACAAUUAUGGGGUAGCUGAGUAUCAACUUGGAAAUGAUUUUUUGGGGCUCACCAUUCAGUCAAGCCAGGCCGUCAGCAAUGCCAAACGUUUGGGCUGGCCCCUCACUCAAGUUGGGGACAGCUUUUACCUGACACAGGCUCCAGGAGGGUAUUCCUUCUACCUGGUAGACAAAGAACAGCCCUCCACAGAUCCUGUGCAGAAGGUUUGCCUUGGAGUAUCGGAUCUCCCAAAGUCCACUCAUUACUGGUCAAAAUUGUUGGGAAUGACGGUUAUUGAAAAGGAUGAUGACAAGAAAACAGUGCUGCUGGGAUUUGGAGAGACACAGUGUAAACUGGAGCUACAAGACAUCAAUGGGACUGUAAACCAUGGAACAGCAUUUGGAAGGAUUGCCUUUUCAUGCCCUCGGGAUCAACUUCCUGACCUGGAGGCCUUGAUGAAAAAGGAGAAUCAGAAAAUUCUCACACCCUUAGUGAGCUUGGAUACGCCAGGAAAAGCCACUGUCGAGGUGGUGAUUCUAGCUGACCCAGAUGGUCAUGAAAUUUGCUUUGUGGGUGAUGAAGCUUUUCGACAGCUUUCCAUGGUGGACCCCAAAGGAAAUGAGCUCCUUGAUAAGGGAAUGGCUGAUGACAAAAGCAACGAGUGGUUUGCCAAGCACAACAGACUGAAAGCUGCUGCAUGAAUUGAACGACGCAGUCUGGAAAAACUCAACUUUCACAGCACUUUAAUACAAAGUCUGAUCAUAAGGUCCCUACACUUUCAAUUGUGUAGCACUUAAGGACAAAACUCUUCAUUUUUAUGUCAUGCUAUGCUAUGAAAUUAGAUGGACAACUACAAAAGUGAAGGAUGUGGGUCUAAAAUACAACAUACAUUGCACUGAG